AUGGAGCGGUCCCAGAGCGCGGCGGCCGGGCGUCUCCUUUGCUACGCCCGGCUUUGGGGUUUGAUGAAGUUGCUGGAGACCGGGCUCUUUCAGCUGGUUUUGGGCUCCGAGUCUCGGGGGACCUUCUCUUUCUCUGCGAGGCCGCUCUGCGAGCUCUGCGGAGCUUUGGGCCUCAGCUUCUGGCUCUUCUUCGCCUCUGCGAAGCCGGAAGGGCCCGAAGGGCCCGGCCCAAAACUCCCUCCUUCGGAGCCCUUGCUCGCUCGGAAGGAGGCUGAGGCUUCGGCGGCUUCGGAAACGUGGAAGUUUCAGGAGAUCUUCCUGCCCUUGCUGCUGCUUUCCCAGGUUCUGGGCCUACUGGGAGUCCUCGAUUCCGCCCCCUUCGCCUGGGACUACCAGUAUGCCUUUGCUCUCAUGGAGCUGAGCCUCGCUGCGAUCCUGGCCUUAGGUAUCGUUCUCGGCCGUCAUUCUACCUUCGAUGCUCGAUGCGCCUUCGUCCUGGAUGCAGCCCGGCCCCUGCUUUGCGGGCAGCUGGGGCUCCUGUACCUCUUUGCGGGCGUUUGGAAGCUGAACUCCACGUUUCUCGAUCCCAGAGUCUCCUGUGCGCCCGUGCUCUGGGCACAGCUGCUGGCGAAGUACUUCUAUUGGCUGGACUACUUCGGGCAGGUUAACGUUUCCCUUGUGAAGAUCUCCAUCUUUGGAACUCUUUUGGUGGAGAUCGGUUUGGCGGUGUUGGUCUUGGUCUUGACGCUGGCGCUGAGACUACCUCAGAUGCAAGCGCUCACUGCGUGGUUGCCUGGACUGAUCUUUGCAGUUGGCCUGUCUCUCCACCUUUUGAUUGCCAUUUGCCCAUCGCCCAACGGAGCCGGUGGGUUCUCCUGCGCGAUGGCGGUUUGGUAUGCCUGGUUGCUCCCUCUACGGAACAACUCUACCCAAACCCGUUCUUCGUCCAUCUCUUCUCGGACUCUUGCGGGUGCUUUCCUUCUCGCCUUGCUUGCGCUUGGCCUGGACAUGCAGGACUUCGCAAUGCCGACUUACGGCGUCAUGGUCACGAUCCUUUGCGCGGAGUUUAGGCAUGGCGGUGAAGAAAGCUCCAUUGAUGUGGGCAACGAACGAAGACCUCGAGCAGGAAGAGGGGGGGAUCACAUUGAGCUCACUGAGCACCGUGCUGCUACGUUGAUGACGCAGCUCCUUUUUCUUCUGCUCUUUUUGGCAUGGAGCUUCGGCUCUGCAUUCGUCGGCAUUCAGGACAUGGGAGCCGACACAAUGUAUGGUGGUCUGCAGGUCUAUGGAACUGGUCGCGGCAACCACCUCUUUUUGCCCACGGGGGUGUUUUGGGAAGCGCAGCACCAGCUUGAGUCUGGAGCACGGCCUCUUCUCUAUCGCGUGAGCUCUGUCUCCCAGGAUUCGAAAGCUGGGCAGUACCUGCGCAGCCUCUACCCUGCAGAGGUCCAACUUGAGCCAGAAGGGGCCGCGACGGCGCUGCUGCGUUCCGCGGGGCACACGGCGCGCAUGUUCUCCCCGGGAGCCGCCCGAGUGCUGGGCCCUCACUGGGCAGAGGUGGCCCGGGGCCCGGGCCCCGAAAGCGAGCCGUAUCCCUACUUGGCCCCCGAAGUGGCCUUGUGCCGCAUGGUUUGGGAGGCCAGGGCCAUCAUGAAGAGGACCGCAGAGGAAGAGCAGCCGGGCGGUCUGAAUACAGCUCCGCCUUUAGAGAUCCAUGUUUCGCCACUCGAUCAAGGACACGCCGCGGUUCAGCCAAACCUGCUGAUUUUGGUGACUGCUGGCAGGGUCGACGUGAAAUGCGCGAAAUGCAUUUCGUGUGAGCAUGUAAGGGAGAGAUUGCAGGAGGUGCUGCGACAACCCUUGCCCUAUUGGGUCUGGAAACUGCUGGUCUACUUCCCGAUCCCCACAAUGGGGAGUCUUAUAACGAGCUUCGAUAACGAUAACGAGACGACGAUGCGGCCGGCAGGAUGUGUGGCUUAG